AUGGGAACUUGGGAUACUGUGAAAGAUUUUCGAAAAUAUGCCAAUCAAUACUUGGCUGCCUUCACAGGUACUCUUCUUAUGCUCUCGGUGGCCGCAUCCUACGGCUGGACGUCACCAACGCUGCCACUUUUGUUGUCCGAUGACUCCCCGGUGCCAAUCACGCCAGACGAAAGCUCCUGGAUCGUGUCGAUCCUGGUGCUAACGUCGAUUGCCGGCCCUGUCGCCUCCGCUUGGCUAAUAGAUGGUUUCGGGCGUAAGAUUGCCCUCCUGGUGGCGGUUAUUCCUAGCAUUGUUGGCUGGAUACUUAUCGGUGUUGGAGAAUCUGUGGCGGUGCUGUUUGUUUCCCGUGCACUCAGUGGAAUCUCGUACGGUAUGGCCUACUCUUCGAUGUCAGUUUAUCUCGGUGAGAUCGCUUCCGAUGGGAUACGCGGCUCGAUCGGAACGCUGCUCACGGUGAUGGCCAAAACGGGCAUCCUGCUGGAGUACGCCAUCGGCCCUUACGUGGGCUUCCGCACGCUGGCAUGGAUUUCGCUUGGCUUCCCGAGCGCCUUCUUCGUGCUAUUCCUAUGGCUUCCCGAGUCGCCUUACUUCUUGCUGUCCAAGCAGCGCCCGGAACAGGCGGAGAAGAAUCUAAGAUGGCUGCGCCGGUCUAGCAACGUGCAAAGCGAAUUGAAGAUGAUGCAGGCUGCCGUUGAGCGAUCGCAGCAAAAUCGAGGAACUUUCCGGGAUCUGUUAACGCGAGGCAAUAGACGCAGUUUGAUCAUCAUUCUGGGACUUGGUGCACUGCAGCAGCUGUGCGGAAGCCAGGCGAUCAUCGCUUACUCGCAGCAAAUCUUCGACCAGGUCAACAGUGGGCUUAAAGCUCACGAAUCGUCUAUCAUUAUGGCCGUCAUACAGCUUGUCACAGCGGCCCUCUCAUCCUCGAUCGUCGAUCGCGUUGGACGCCGACCGUUGCUGCUCCUGUCCACCAUCGGCUGCGCCGUGGGCACGUUCAUCGUCGGGCUUUAUUUCUUCCUCGUGCACCAAGAGGUCGAUGUGGACGGAAUAGGCUGGAUACCACUCGUCGUCAUCAUGGUGUACAUCGUGUUCUACACCGUGGGCCUCGCGACGGUGCCGUUCGCCAUUCUGGGCGAAAUUUUCCCCACCAACGUAAAGGCCGUCGCAGCGGCCAUAUACACGAUGUUUGCCGGAUCGGUGGGCUUUGGCGUGUCGAAGCUAUACCAGCUCAUUUCCGACGAAGCGGGCACGUAUGUUUCCUUCUGGAUAUUUGCCGCCUGCUCGGCAGUGUUCGUUGUAUUCGUGUUUGCGCUAGUGCCCGAGACAAAGGGCAAACCUCUCGAUCAAAUACUGAUCGAAAUGCACACCUCGACCAGUCGAAGCAUCAACUGUUGCCGCGGGAAGAAGCAACAACCUGUCUAA